AUGUCAAGCUUCAGUGAAAUAUCUGAGCUCCGACAUCACAAGACCGCGAUCACACUCAUCGUUCUGUUCCUGGCCACGUUCCUGCACUUCGCUUACCAGCGUUUCAGUCGAGGUCCUAUUCCGAUCUCAGUCAAUUAUCAUUUCACCAGGAGGUGCAACAAAGAAUGUGGCUUCUGCUUUCACACCGCCAAGACCUCGCACAUGGCCUCCUCCGAUGAGGCGAAGCGUGGUCUCGUUCUGCUCAAGAACGCAGGGAUGAGGAAGCUCAAUUUUGCGGGCGGCGAGCCGUUCCUCUACUCAAAGUACCUCGGCGAGCUAGUUGAAUUCGGCAAGCGGGUGCUCGCCCUAGAGAGUGUUUCGAUUGUCAGCAACGGCAGCUUGAUCAAGAAGUCUUGGCUGCAACAAUAUGGUGCGCACCUGGAUAUACUGGCCAUAUCAUGCGACUCUUUUGACGAGGCCACGAAUGUCAAAAUUGGCCGAGGCAGCGGAGACAAUGUGGCACAGCUCUUUCGCAUUCGGGACUGGUGCAGAGAAUACGGCAUCAAGUUCAAACUCAACACUGUCGUGUGCCGUUACAACUUCGACGAGGGCAUGGUGGAGCGUGUUGCGGAGCUGGACCCGUUCCGUUGGAAGUGCUUCCAGGUGCUGAUGGUCGAGGGCGAGAACGACUCGGAACAGACCCUGCGUGAUGUGAGGCGCUUCGAGAUCAACGACCAAGAGUUUGGGCUCUUCUGCAAAAGACAUGAGCACUUGCCUUGCUUUGUGCCAGAGUCCAACAAAGCCAUGGCGGAGAGCUACUUGAUUCUGGACGAGUACUUGCAAUUCUUGUCUGGAACGAACAAGAACAUCAAGUCAAGAAGCAUCCUUGAAGCAGGUGUCAAAAAUGCUUUGAAAUCCAUCCAAUGGGACCAGGAGGCAUUCCGGGACCGUGGGGGAGUGUACAAAUGGACCAAAGAACAGCUGGGCAGCGAUGGCGGUGGCUGUGGAGAGCAUGCAAACAAGGAGCUUGACUGGUGA